UCUGAUUGGCGGAGCCGACAACAGCUCUGAGUCCAGGUCAACUUCCGCUACCGACUCCUGCUUGGCUGAGCAGUGGUGCGCUGCGGGGAUCGCAGGUGGGCCAGGCAGCGGCACGCGCUGACAGACGGCUAGGGCGGCCUCAGCUGCCCCAGCGCACUAGUCUCGCCCGGUUCCGCCCGUAACCUUUCUGCACGGUUUCGGUCGAGCAUGUUCAGGGCCCAGGUGAGGCGAGUCCUGCGGCAGGUUCCCGGGAAACAGCGAUUCGGCAUCUACAGGUUCCUGCCCUUCUUUUUUGUCCUGGGAGGAACGAUGGAGUGGAUCAUGAUUAAAGUGCGCGUGGGCCAGGAGACCUUCUAUGACGUCUACCGUAGAAAAGCGUCAGAAAGACAGUAUCAGAAAAGGCUGGAAGAUGCAUCAGACUGAACGUCAAAAACUAAUAAAUGUAUUCAAUAUUGGUUUCA